GGGGCGGCGGCGCCAUGAGAGUCAACGAGAGCGAGCUGAACAGCUCCGUCCUCCCGCGGGACCCGCCGGCCGAGGGCGCCCCGCGCCGCCAGCCCUGGGUGACCUCCACUUUGGCCGCCAUCCUCAUCUUCACCAUCGCGGUGGACCUGCUGGGCAACCUCCUGGUCAUCCUCUCCGUCUACCGCAACAAGAAGCUGCGGAACGCGGGAAAUGUGUUUGUUGUAAGCCUGGCAGUUGCAGACUUGAUAGUAGCUAUCUACCCUUACCCACUGGUCCUCACAUCUGUGUUUCACAACGGAUGGAAACUGGGAUACCUACACUGCCAGAUUAGUGGCUUCUUGAUGGGCCUGAGUGUGAUUGGAUCAAUCUUCAAUAUUACAGGCAUCGCCAUCAAUCGCUACUGCUAUAUCUGCCACAGCCUCAAAUACGACAAGCUGUACAGCGACAGGAAUUCCCUGUGCUAUGUUGUUCUCAUCUGGGCCCUGACUUUCGUAGCUAUCGUGCCCAACCUGUUUGUGGGGUCGCUGCAGUACGACCCCAGGAUUUACUCCUGCACAUUUGCGCAGUCUGUGAGCUCGGCAUACACUAUAGCCGUUGUGUUUUUCCACUUCCUGCUCCCCAUAGCCGUGGUUACCUUCUGUUACUUGCGAAUAUGGAUCCUCGUUAUUCAGGUAAGGCGGAGGGUUAAACCAGAUAACAAGCCUAGGCUGAAACCACACGACUUCAGAAACUUUGUGACCAUGUUUGUGGUAUUUGUACUGUUUGCAGUCUGCUGGGCUCCCUUGAACUUUAUAGGCCUUGCAGUGGCUGUCAACCCAAAAACUGUAAUCCCCAGGAUUCCAGAGUGGUUGUUCGUGUCUAGUUAUUACAUGGCAUAUUUCAACAGCUGCCUUAAUGCUAUAGUAUAUGGACUCCUGAACCAGAACUUCAGAAGAGAAUACAAGAGAAUUAUUGUCACAUUUUGUACAGCAAAAGUUUUUUUCCAGGAUAGUUCUAAUGAAGCAGGAGACAGAAUGAGAAGCAAACCUUCUCCACUGAUUACAAACAACAAUCAAGUGAAAGUGGACUCUGUCUGA